AGAAAAUCUUUGGCAAAGUAGACUUGUCGAAGCUACAGGAAGAACUUCGCGCAGUUUCAUCAUCGCAAAGAUGAAAAACAAUUUGAUUCGUUUAGAAGGCGUUACACUUUCUGCGAUUUUUCUGCUGCUUGCGGGAACAUUGAACGCAAGAUCUUUAGAGUAUGAAGACGUGGCAAAUUUAUUGCCGACGGAACCUCAAACUACAAACGACACGUUAGCUGCCAUUGUACAAGAUCCGGUGGUGCAAGAUGCUGUGCAAAAUGCAGUUGGCAAUGGAUCCUUGGAGGGUUUGGUAGUAAAGAAAAAGGUCUUAGUUAUGCCCGCCACUGAGCCUACCAAGGUGGUAUCGCAACGCGAACAAGUUCUCGUCGUUCCUAUGAUGCAUUUAGAAGAUGUACGGAAGAAUAUAACAGAGACUGUGACCGCGGAAACCGAUGUAGACGGCUUGACAUUUACAGAUAUUCAGUCCUUCACUGAGGAUGGUGAAGAUGGAUAUGCAAAUCCGGAAGGCAAAGAUGAUUCGUCUUAUGUAUCGCAGCCUAGUAAUUUCUACGAAGCAUUAACCGAGAGUUCUACGCGGAAACCAAUAUUUCCUAUUGAUAACGUACCACAAGAAAUUCCGUAUCUCGUGCAAAACCCAACUGCGGAAAUAAUGCUUCCAGAGCAGACAUCGCCCGCAAUAUCUGUACCUAUCAUUGCGUUUCUCGAUCCUGCGAAAAUCUCCAAUGAUAAUCUCAAUGUGCCCAUCGCAGCGGCAUUAUCGCAACAAGAUGACACCCUGAAGAGCCAUUUGAACGUGUUGGAGAACGAACGCGGCAAAAUUCAACGACACGUUCAAAAUUAUGUCGAUGGAAACCCAUGGAACGUGGAUUCUGAUAACUGGCGAUUUACUUCGUAUCCUCCAGAGAUGCAAGCAUCACCUUCGUUGUAUGAGCCGGCCACAGCAGAGGCGAACGUUCAAUACGCGAACGAUGUUCGUUUCAAAAAAUCGCUGCCAGUCGUAAUGCCUCGUAUCGAUAUCGUGACACCACUUUUUUGGACUUCGGACGCGGAUACUAAUUAUCCUAAAGAUCCACACGACAUGGAUGUUGCCGCAGAUAUCGUCUUUAGGCCUCUUUUUAGGUACCGGCAGGAAGCGCAGCAGAGAUCUUAUAGAAGAUCGGCUUAUCGAAGGUACAAUUCUUACGAUUCUUAUCCGAGACGCAAUUAUCAAUACAGACCUCGAUAUUCAGACGAUUAUUAUUAAACUACUAUUAUUAAUAGUGAUAAAUGUUCUUGUUUCUCAAAAUUGAAUGUCAGUUCAUUUAUUAUUAUAAAAUAAUCUUUCUAUUUUCUUAUGAUUAUUGAUAACAAUGUUACAUGUAAAAUGUAAAAUUAAGAGUUGCUAAAAUUAUCGUUUAUGUCGAUUAAUAUUUUGA